ACAGAUGCUUGAGGCGUCGGUCAGCUGUCCCUCAGCGUGAAUGGUAGCGUCCGAUCUUCCUCACACGCGCUCAUUCUGCGCGCGCCUCUGUUUAGCUUAAUCAAAGCAGAAGGCUGUAGACUCGCGAUCUUACCGUGUUUCGCCGCGUGCGCAUUUUAUGACAGCGGGAUCCCUACGGACGGUCAUCGUCUAACUGACUCCUUUAGCUCUGCGUUAGGCAUUUCAUCCGUUAUCCGUUGCUUUCAAGUGUGAUGCUAUACAUUUAAAGGAAUUGACAGCUAUCUUAAGAAAAGUAUUGACUCGUCGGUGUUGCGUUUGGAAGGUGCUCCCCGAGGGAAAUAAAGUUUCCUUCGGGAAAUGAACAAGCUGUUCAGCGCAGGUGAAGGACUGUACAGCUGUUGAGACCUCCACCUUGCGGACUGAUCUGAUCAUCAGGCUGCAGCAGCUGUCAUGGAUCUGAAGGAGCGCAGGCACCGUACACUGACCCACGGCCGCUGUGGGAAAGAUUUCCAGUUCACCACCUCCUCCUUGGACAACGAUGAAUGUCGCGUACCCACCCAGAAAUCCUACAGCUCCAGCGAGACCCUGAAGGCUUUCGAUCACGAGUCACGUCUGCAUUAUGGGGGAUGUGUGGCUGACCUGGUGCAUCAUGAAGCAGAUGAGUUCACCAGACAAGGAGGGAACUUUACUUUAGCUGAGCUGGGCAUUUGUGAACCAGCACCGCAUCAGAACGCAUACUGCCCGGACAUCGGCCUCUUACAGCGCGGCUACUCUCUGAGCGCCGGCUCAGAUGCAGACUCCGACCCAGAGGGCCCAAUCUCUCCAGAGCGAGCUAUCCAGCUGUGGGCCGGCCAAGACAUCAAGUCCCGCCGCAGUUCUGGCCUCUCCAGUCGGGAGAACUCAGCUCUCACCCUCACCGACUCCGAGAACGAGAACAAGUCUGAUGACGAAUCAGGUGAGAGAUAGUGUCAGAGAGCGAGAGCACGUGAGAAU